UCUUGGGUGGUUUGAGGCAUCACCACAAGCACUCUGUUUGGGUGAAACCUAAAGAACACAAUCUAUAAGAGACAUCAAAAAGCAAGGACAUUAUCAAGGACAUAUUCUUGGAACUUUUUAUUGUUUUCUUUCUCACAUUCAGGGAAAUGACCAGUUCAGGUUUCUCAUCUCCAGAUCAAAGUGAUGAUGAAGAUAGUGAUAGUUCUCAGAAAGGUUCUCUUGAAAGGUCGGCUAGUCUGUCACGCUUACGUGCUGGAAUGAAGACAGAGAGCGCACGGCGAAGAAGUCAGAAAAUGAGGGGAGAGGUUCACAGUCAUUUAGAAGAGAGCAUUCGUCCAUACAUUGAUCUGAUUGACACUCUGCGGUCAGUUGGCAUUCAUAAGGACUUGGCGUUACCGACUAUUGUAGUGAUCGGAGACCAGAGUUCUGGAAAAAGCUCUGUGUUGGAAGCGCUGUCUGGAGUUGCGUUACCAAGAGGGAGUGGAAUUGUGACCAGAUGUCCAUUAGAGCUGAGGCUGAAGAAGGUACCAGGAGUCAACUGGAAGGCUGUUUUAACUUACGAUAAGAAAACAGAUGAAUUCGUGAAUCGUUUUGCAGGUCCUAUUAAACCCAGCAAACUGGUGAGUGGAAAGGUAGCACAGUCAGCUCCCAAUGAGAAGAAAAUUGAAUUUGCAGAUCCUUCAUUAGUUGAAGAACAUGUUGCAGCAGCCCAGAAUGAGCUGGCAGGAAAAGGGGUAGGAAUAUGUGAUGAGCUCAUCACUUUAGAGAUCAUGUCACCAGAUGUGUGUGACCUCACACUGAUCGAUCUGCCUGGAAUUGCCCGAGUCCCAGUAGAAGGACAACCGGAGGAUAUUGGAAAACAGAUAAAACGUCUGAUCAUGAAAUAUAUUAAGAAACGUGAGACUAUAAACCUGGUAGUGGUCCCUUGUAACAUUGACAUUGCAACAACAGAAGCCUUAAAAAUGGCACAAGAAGUAGAUCCUGAGGGCAAAAGAACUGUGGCCAUUUUGACCAAACCAGACCUCAUAGACAAGGGAACAGAGAAGAGCGUUCUGGCUAUUGUCCACAACAAAGUGAUUCCUCUCCGCAAAGGUUACAUCAUGGUGAAGUGUAGAGGACAACAGCAGAUCAAUGAUGAAAUUCCUCUAGAGGCGGCAGCACAAAUGGAGAGAGAUUUCUUCCAAAACCAUGACUAUUUCAGAUGCCUCUUGGAAGAGGAUAAAGUGACUAUUAAAUGUCUUGCCAUCAAACUGACUCAGGAUCUUGUUGAUCAUAUCAAAAAUUCACUGCCACCGCUCCAGCAGCAGAUACAAAAACAGCUGUGUAGUGUGAAGAGAGCACUUCAUGACUGUGAGGCUGGACCUCCAGAAGACCUUGAGGGAGCUAAGGAAUUCCUCAUUGAAACCUUAAACGGAUUCAAUGAGAAAAUCAAGUCUCUAUUAUCAGGAGAGCCGAAGAAUGGGAAAAGUUUGUUUUUCCAGAUUCGUGCUGAAUUCAGGAAGUGGAAUGAUUAUCUUAACAGUGCAAAGCCAUCCUUUAACAAUUCAAAAGAGUUGAGCGAGAAUUACAGAGGGAGGGAACUGCCUGGCUUCAGCAACUACAUCGUUUUUGAGAAGAUUCUGCAGGAACAUGUGGCCAAACUUAAGGAUCCAGCCAUUGAUUUACUCAAUGCCAUAAAAGAUAUCAUCAUUAAGCAAUUCACUGACGUGGUGAGUGAGUGUUUCCAGAACUAUCAUGUCCUUCAAAACAUCACCGAGGACAAAAUCAACGACAUUCAACUUAACCAACAAGAAAAGGCAGAGCAGAGGAUCUCAGAGCAGUUUAAAAUGGAAAACGGGAUCUUUACUCAAGAUCUCAUUUUCCUGAAGGUCUUGAGUGAGAAAACAAACCAGACUUUUUCAGAAAAGGAGUUACCUGUCUUUGACAAACAAUGCAAGUACAGUCAAAUGCUGGAGGCGUAUUAUGAGAUUGUGGUGCAGAGAUUGGCUGACCAACUGCCCUUGAUGAUCACCUUUUACAUGUUGCAGGAGACUGCUCGGCUCCUGUCUAUUGACAUAAUUAAAUUAUUGGAAAAGCCAGAUUUGCAGAAGCUCCUGUCUGAGGACCCUGAUGUCAGCAGAAGGCGCAGCGACCUAAGAGCUCGCCAGACUCGUUUGACUCAUGCUGCGAAAGCAAUUAGCAAUUUUUUGAAUGACUAGAGGAUAUAUCUGAAAAUACAAGAUUAACAUCAGAUACAUUAGAUGUAAAGUAUCUGACAUCAACUGUCCAACCAUCCAUUUUUCACGCUUGUUCAAGCGUUGCAGGAUUUGACCAUUUAACCCACAACUUUCUUCAGCUUGUUAAUAUUUUUUGAUUGUUAUAAUAUAUACAUCCAUUAAUCUGCAUCUUAUGCACCUAUUUGAAUGUUUCCAAGUAGUUCAGCAAGGCAGCACUUUGUAUACAAGUCACAUCUAUGGGCUCAAGUAGGGCAGACACAUACAUUUUGUUUUCUAAAUCAUCUGGAAGUAUCAGUGC